AUGACGACGGGACACUAUUCGCAGCUGGUAUGGGCAUCCACUUACGCCGUGGGAUGCGGCUACGUCGCCUACGGAGGAGGGAACCGGCUCUACGUCUGCAAUUACGGGCCGUCUGGGAACUCAAAAGGGGCGACGGUGUACGGCGUCGGGACCCCUUGCACCUGCUGCCAAUCUUCCUGCACUUGGGGUCUCCUUUGCGACUGA